AUGGAGUCCUUUGAUAUCUCCCCGUGUGAGAAAAGCCCUGAUCUGCCCCUCCUUGAGAAGCAACGGGCCAUAUCGGGCACGGCCAUCACACGCCGACCCAAAGCUGCCAUGCCGACUCAACUCGACCCAGCCUCGUCUCCGCCGGUGCUGACGCAGUCUGGACUGACGCCCAAUCAGCCGCGGCAGAGACGUUCGUCAGUCAACCUCCCAGUCCCGGACGAUGACGCCCCGCGCGAGGCGGCCCUGAUCCGUCCCGAACCAUCCGAAGAGUCGCACUGUGAGAUGGACACGCCCACCAAGAAACCGGCGCGUAGAGCCCGGAGGAAUCCCUCGGGAUCGAACAAACGGCUGGAACCUUCGCCCCUCCGGACAACAGCACCGCCAGGACCCAAUGUCGUUGCCGGCUACGAAGCGGCGGAAGCCCGCCGGGUGUCGCUUUUCGCGCGCUCUCACACCUCGCCGGAGACGCAGAACGAAGCGGAGAGAAAGGGACAGCGCCCGAGCGCGGCGGAGAGGAGCGCGAGCGUCCCGACCACCCCGUCGAAGAAGCUCUCCGGGGCCCAGCUCGACAGCUCCAUGGCAAAGCUGAUCAGGAACGGCCCUUCAAAGGACACAGAAUGUCACUUGAAGGACGGGGGCCUUUACCUUUUUCAUGUUCCAACCAAGAGGAACCGGGGCGCAUCUGGUCAAGAUUGGCCGGACCGAAAGGGACGCGCAGGGUCGUCUCAAAGAGAUAACGAGAGUAUGCAAGCCCCUGAAGAGCAUCUGGCACUCCACGGCAAUGGCCGAGAAUAUUCCGUUCUACGGCCAUGCCUCUGCACGAGACGGCACAGGGAGUACUUUGAAGUCAGUGAGAAAAUCGCCGUCGAGGUGUUUCCGAGGUGGAGGGACUUUUGUAAGAAGAGGCCGUGGGACAACGGCGGGACGAUCAAGACAGUAUGGGGCAAGAGGCUGGACGCCAGGGCCGCCUUUGACGGCCCGGGUCAGGAUUUCGACCACGGAAAGUUUGGUAGGCACUGGGGCACCUAUACCAUGCCGUGGCUUGUCGAGCGCGUGCUGUCCGACGCGAUCCACCAGGGGAAGAGAUGGUUCCCGAACCGCUGGCAGGCCGUUGCCGUGGCGGAGAUGUUUACGAUCAUCUUCCUGUCGCCGGCCUCGGUCUGGGUGCACGUCUGGAUGGCGGCCGUCGCCGCCCUGUUGCUGAUCGACACCGUGGUCAUUGCGGAUCUGCACGCGACGGCCUCGGUGGUCCAGCUCAUGGAGGGUGGCUUACAAGACGAGCUCACGGCGGACGCAAAAGGCCUGGCGCCGGAAGCCAGCCAGGGGGAGACUCCGCCGCGCCACGGAACCGGGGGGGACGCGUGGUCCGAGACGGUGGAAGAGGACAUCCCCGAUGCGAGCGACGGGGCCUCCUCCGUCGGCCCGGGCGACCCCAUGGACGUCGACAGGGACGAUGGCUGUCAGGAGUCGACGGAUGAGGAAGACAGGCCGGGUGGUAGUGUUUGCUCGCCCGCGAGCCUCGCGACGGCCACUGCGGAGGACGAGGUUCUUGAACGACCGAGAUCUCUCGAACUGAAGGCGCAGGUGAUGUCGGGUGAACGGGAGGUGAUUGAUCUUACAUACAUGAGUGAGUCGGACUAG